AUGAGCAAUGUGCCCCUUCACAGGCUUGACCCGGAUGACGACGUCCUGCUCGAGCUCCGCAGUCCGUGUGCACCAUUCGCUGUUUGGGCUGUUAGUGAGGAAGCUACGGUUCAAGAUCUGAGCGCAUGUGAACAGGUCUUACCAGCGGACCAAUUCGCGGGGGAUGUGGGAUUUGAGAUCUCGGAUCUCGUGCUUCACACUGACGACUCAGUACCGGCUCCAAAAGAACAUCAAGAAAGCAACGAUAUAUGCAACGAGGAGCCUCAAGAAGCUCUGGACGUGGAAUGCUCGCCAGUCAGGGCUGAGCUGAACGGCCCCUGGACAGAGGCCACAGCUGACAGCAUUGAUGGCCUGCGCCAUAUCGAAGCUUCAGAUUGGGAUGACCAAGCAUUACUGUUGUUAAUGCGUGUCCGACACGGUUUGAAUCGCGAAGUACCCCGCAAGAUAACUCUAGAGAUGUUGGCAAAGAUUGCAGUCUUGGUUGAUUACUAUGACUGCCACGAAGCUGUUGAGCUGGCCGUAAACAUGUGGAUCGAUGCUUUCAAAGACAGUCGCCCUUUGGAUUGUAAUCGAGAUUUGCCUCUCUGGCUUCUAAUCUCGAGUACAUUCCGUCAACCCGAGACAUUUCGAUCCAUCACAAAGACUGCGAUUCAGGAGAGUCGAGCACCAUUACCGGCACUUGAUCUUCCCAUUUCUCAAAAUGUCAUUGGUAAGUCCUCGUUUACCCAGGACGGAGCACAAAUUUAA